UUGUGCUCAUCACUUCCUGCUGGGUCAUCACUUCAGUAAACCCUUUCAGAGCUGAAGACAUCAUCCUUCCCUCGUCUUGCUCAACAAAUGCACGUCGCUACUGGGUGGAGCUGGGGAAGAUGAUUUGCUUUGCCUUCCCUCUUGCUCUGCGGGAAGCAGUUCCUGCAACCACUGCUCUCCCUCAGUGGGGUCUGUGGUGUCUAAUAAAGCAUUUGAUUUACUUUGAAGCCACCUGACCACAUACAGAUACACAUUCCCUUUCUGUCCCCAGCUGCCUGUUCCAGAAAUUCUUGCAGAGACUAGGUAAGCAUUUGAGCUCUCUCGCCUGUCAGAGCUGGCAGAAUAUUAGCUGCUGGGGAGCUGGACAGGCGCUCACUGUUUGCUCACGCAAGCCUCCUGGCAUAAGGAUGUCAAGCCGAAGUCCGGUACCUUAUUUUUAAAGCUUUGCUUUUCCAUUUCUGCUCUCUUGCUAACCAAAGGAGCUGUGUUAUUUUAGUCCUGAGGAGUCCACUGUCUCUCCAUUUGCAAGCUCUGCUUUGGAUGAAGUUGUCUUUAACUGAUGAAGUAUGAAACUAUUUGUGGGAGGUGUUUCUUUGUUCUGUUUCAAAUCCCCUAGCUGGUAAUUGUCACACUUCCUUCCUUGCAAAUAUUUCAAAGGCAAUUCUUUUUUAGUUUCUUGCAGCUCCCAAGAAUUUAUUCUUUCUUCUUCCUGCUCGUGUCUCUGUGAUCAUCUGUCCUCUGGUCAGGAUUCAUCGCUUCCUCAAGAAACCACCUUGGCUUUCUUUGGAUCUCCAUGGAGAGAAAAAGAAAUGAAAAACAAUCAACCAAACAAAAAACACACACAAAAAAAAAACAGCACAGAUGUGAAUAUACUUUCAGUGCUAACAAACCAUCCCACAAAGCAGUGAGUGCAUUUAGCUGUAAUUCAUCUUGCACUUGUUACAGGUAUAUUAAUUCCUCUGGUGAAAUUGAGUAGCCUCAGGCACUGGAUGACUCUCCAUCUGUUAACUUUUUAAUCUGCCCAGCACUGAGGUGGUGAUGAGCUUUGAGAAAUGCCCCAGCUGAGACCUAAGGAAUGUAUUUGUGUCUCUAGCUAGAGCAGCUGAACUUUCCUCCUGUGCAUGUCUGCAAGUCCAGCCCUUCCUUAGGCUCCCUCCCUGCUUACUGGGGCUGCCCAGCAGGGCAUGAAUGGGAGCCUCUCUUCCGAGGGACUGCUGCUCCCCCUCCUGCUCCCACCUCCUUGCAAAACCUCCUCUUGCCUCAGAGCUCAGCCCCUCUUGCCCGAGCUCCUGAGCUCUGCCCCUCCAGCUGGAGCCGCAGGUUUAUCUGGAGGCGAGGACUCUCAUUUGUAAACUGAGACCCAGGAGGAGAGAAACCAUUUGGCUGCCUAGGAGAAACGAAGAGAGGCAGAGCGUGGGCACGAUGACUGUAUUCCCCACUCUUGGGCUCCUCAUCCUUUGUCAGCUAUUAGCCACCACCUCAGCUCAGUCCUUCCAGAGAGUAGGACCACAAGGCCCUCCUGGACCCCGAGGACCCCCUGGACCAUCUGGCAAGGACGGCAUAGAUGGCGAGCCGGGCCCUCCUGGUUUGCCAGGCCCACCAGGACCAAAGGGUGCACCAGGAAAGCCUGGAGCAGCUGGUGAAGCUGGAUUGCCUGGCCUUCCUGGAGUAGAUGGUUUAACAGGAACUGAUGGCCCACCUGGCCCAAAUGGGCCUCCGGGAGACCGUGGUGCAUUAGGACCUGCCGGGCCGCCUGGACAAGCUGGCAAAGGACUACCAGGACCUCCAGGGCCUCCAGGACCCAGCGGGCUUCCAGGUGGAAAUGGAUUUCGGGGUCCUCCUGGUCCUUAUGGUCUGCCAGGAUUCCCAGGGCCUCCUGGACCACCCGGGCCUCCCGGUCUUCCAGGCACCUUUCCUGAUGGCGGUGGGGAUAUUCAGUGUCCAGCUCUGUGCCCACCAGGUCCUCCAGGUCCUCCAGGAAUGCCAGGGUUCAAGGGACACACUGGUCACAAAGGAGAACCUGGUGAAAUAGGAAAAGAAGGAGAGAAGGGCAACCCUGGCCCUCCAGGUCCUCCAGGCAUUCCCGGCAGUGUUGGCCUGCAGGGUCCAAGAGGACUAAGAGGCCUCCCUGGUCCAAUGGGUCCAGCUGGCGACAGGGGUGACAUUGGUUUCAGAGGGCCACCUGGAAUCCCAGGACCUCCAGGGAAAGUUGGAGACCAAGGAAACAAAGGACCUCAAGGAUUCAGAGGACCCAAAGGUGAUACUGGUAGACCUGGACCAAAAGGAAACCCGGGGGCUCGUGGACUCAUAGGAGAACCUGGCAUACCUGGCAAGGAUGGACGGGAUGGAGCUCCUGGACUCGAUGGUGAGAAGGGUGAUGCAGCUCGCAUGGGUACUCCUGGAGAGAAGGGGCCAAACGGACUUCCUGGACUGCCUGGAAGAGCGGGUAUUAAAGGCUCAAAGGGUGAACCAGGCAGUCCAGGAGAGAUGGGAGAGGCAGGUCCCUCUGGAGAGCCAGGCAUCCCUGGCGAUGUCGGUAUUCCUGGUGAGAGAGGUCUGCCGGGACCCAGAGGAGCAACUGGCCCGCUUGGUCUCCAAGGCCCGAUGGGAGCCCCGGGUGUCAGAGGCUUCCAGGGUCCUAAAGGUGCCAGUGGGGAACCUGGCCUUCCCGGUCCAACUGGAAUUCGGGGAGAGUUUGGUGACAGGGGUCCUACCGGCGUUACUGGUCCCAAAGGUAACCAGGGCAUUGCUGGAGCAGAUGGCCUCCCAGGUGACAAAGGAGAACUGGGUCCCUUUGGUCCUCCUGGCCAAAAAGGAGAGGCAGGAAAAAGAGGAGAACUUGGUCCCAAAGGUGUCCAGGGACCUAACGGGACAGCCGGAGUUCCAGGGAUUCCAGGACACCCAGGGCCCAUGGGCCAUCAAGGGGAGCAAGGCGUUCCUGGCAUCACAGGAAAACCUGGGCCUCCUGGCAAAGAGGCCAGUGAACAACAUAUAAGAGAACUCUGUGGGGAGAUGAUAAAUGAUCAAAUUGCCCAGUUAGCUGCUAACCUGAGGAAGCCCUUGUCUCCGGGAAUGACGGGUCGGCCUGGCCCGGCCGGGCCCCCAGGGCCUCCUGGGGCUACGGGAAGCGUUGGGCAUCCCGGUGCUCGUGGGCCUCCUGGCUACAGAGGGCCAACAGGAGAGCUCGGGGAUCCUGGUCCCAGAGGUGACACUGGUGAAAAGGGAGAUAAAGGACCCGUUGGACAAGGUAUCGAUGGACCUGAUGGCGAUCAAGGACUUCAAGGACUUCCUGGUGUACCUGGAAUUAGUAAAAAUGGUCGUGACGGUGCUCAGGGUGAACCCGGUCUCCCAGGGGAUCCUGGUACUCCUGGUGCUAUUGGGGCUCAGGGAACUCCAGGAAUAUGCGACACAUCGGCUUGCAUGGGAGCUGUUGGAGCAUCGACUUCCAAAAAAUCAUAAAACGGUACAAGAAGUGGAGAAGUGACUGAAUAUUUAAAUAAAGAGCGCAUUGUAAGAAAACAGAAUCUUCCUAGUGAUAAAUGGACAGAUGUUCCUUCUAUUAUAUUAAGUGGAGACUGACACAGUAAUUCAAUUCUAUGAAAAAGAAAGCAUCAGAUGACAACUGUAAUUAAAGAUGCUUUAUGAGUAUUUUUUCCUCCCCCAAUUAUUUUCCAGAAUUUUUACUGCUAAACAACCUCACCUUCCCUUUCUCCCUUUGUUGAAGAGACCUGCAAGAGGAAGCAUUCCUUUCCACCAUCAUCUCCCUAGCUGUACUAAAGAUCACGGCUUUUCUGUAUAAAAGUUUGAGCCUUGGCAAUUGAAUUCUUGGUGCUGCUCCUACGGUUAUGCAGGUUUGUGCACUACAUCCGCACUGUUAAGGUGUUCAGGCACCUGACUGCUACUUACAUCAGUGGAAGUUAGGCAUUGAAAUAGCCAGUAUUUGGACAUCUUAACAUUCUGGGCAAGGAACAUAGCUUAUGGAUAUGCUAUUUUCAGCUUCCAGACUGCAUCUCACAUAGUAAAUACUAGUAAAUGCUAAGGCCUUGCAAUCAAAUUCUGCAAAAGGUGCACUGUAUAUAUUUUAACUUACAGGGGGGAGUUUUUGUACAUUUCCAUACGAUAAUAAAGGAAGUUAAGUAACAGCAUUUUCACGACCUCUACUUAAGCUAUUUGCACAGUAAUUGUGAACGAAACCCCAAAUAAGAAAGGAUGCUGUUCUGAAGUUCAGCCAAAAAAAAAAAAACAAAACUGUAUGAACUGUUGUAAAAAUAAAAGGAGAUUUUUUUUAACCUUUUCUUUGUGAUGUUAUAAGUGUCGUUAUACACAUCAAAUGCUCAGAUGAACUCUAUAUUCCAAAAUUGGUUUUACUAGGAUUGUUUGGAAAUAAAUUGCUGCAAAAUUGUCAAUAUCCGUGAUUUAAAAUAGUAUUUAUUUUGAGACCUUUUUGUACUUUAAAACCUGCUGGCAUCAUCUAUCAUCACCAAAAUUAAUAAAGCCACUUUCAGCUCACACAAUAUUCUGUCUCACUCUGCCCUAAAUGCUGAAUCUUAUGAACAGAGACAUAUUCAUCUUUAAAUACUAAACUAGCUCGUGCAUUUAAAUAGUCUGCUGUUUACAAUGUGCCAUUUUUGGACUAACCAGUACAAGAAACUGCUGGGCAGUUGUGUGAUAGGCAUUAAAAUAAUGCACCACUAUAAAAACAACGCUAAUAGCUUUGUGUUACUCUUUGGAGUGAUGAAUAUUAAAUUAUGCAUGGCAAACAUGGAUCCCAUACUAGCAGCACAGGUGUAACUAUGCACUUACUCGAUUAACCAACAUAACCUUUAAACUUUAAAUCA